CCGACAGUCACUCCCGAGAACCUACACAGGACAGUUGUAGCUCUAAUUUCCCGCUGUGUCCUACAUUACGUAACAAUGUCUCUCGUCGUGGACGCUCUGAUCCACUUCUGCAAUGUCUCCACCAUAGGCCUGUGCGGUUUCAUGAAGGUGCCGCAGAUACAUGCCAUCAUAAAAGCCAAAUCUGUGAAAGGGUUGAGUUUAGCCAGCUUGAUAUUAGAGCUUACAAGCUACGUCAUCACACUCAGCUACAAUGUGUACGCCGGCUACGCCCUGAUCACGUAUUUCGAGUACCCGCUGAUGGUAACACAGGACGUCGUCAUGCUUGCCAUCUUCCUGUCACUGACUGGCCGACUGUCUCCUCUUGUAAUUCUCCCAGCAGCUGCAGGGGCCUACUUUUCGUACUCCAUUGCUAUGGGCUUGCUCUCCGAGGCCUUCAUCACAACGCUUGUGGGACUGUGCACACCCAUCUCCGCCAGUAGCAAAGUGGUGGCCCUGCUGGCGAUUAUCAGCAGCAAGAAUUCAGAAACCGUUUCCGUCUCUGCGUGGUCCAUCUCCGCCUACACAUGUCUUACCCGAAUUUUCACCAUCUAUGUCGAGUCAGCUGAUCCUGUCCUCCUCCUGAACUUCAUAACCUCAUUGGUACUGAACUUGCUGAUCAUCACGGCUGCGAUCUAUUACAAGCCACGUGCAAAGAAGGAUUAAAAAGAGCUAAGACAAACACACAGCAUUGAUAGCACACUCAAUUUUUUUGUGCAGUUUAAGAAACUGUUUGUUAUUUAUUUACUUAUUUAUUUUAUUUAUUUUUAUGUAUAUUUGAGAAGGUGUCUUCAAAAUGUUACCUAAAUCCUAUAAAGUCAGUUUUCAUUUUAGGGAAUGAAGAGUAUAAGUUUGGUAAAGAUAAUGAUAUACUCUUCAAAUGUGCCUGUAUAAUAUAACCAGAUGGUCACAUAGUCUCUUAACAGGAGGCCUAUAUGUCUUUGUAUCUCAGGACCUGUUCAUUGAUUUGGUUAUUAUUGUUUUUUUAUAACUGUUACUUUUUUAUUCUUCUUAUUAUUAUCAUCUUGAGCACAUGUUUUUUUUUGUUGUUGUUGUUGUUGUUGUUAAUCUGUAAUGACGAGAAGUUCUCUUCUGUAGUGACAGAGGGUCUUGUUAGUGGCUGCAAACUUGAGUAUGGAGUUAGAAGAAGAGUAAGAGCAUGUUCGAUUCAAAGAGGUAUAUGCAUGUGUAAGUGCAGUAAUAUAAACAGUGUAUGAAUGAGGUUUCCAGUGCAAGGUCAUUCACUUUAAAAAUUAACAUUUUCAUUGCAUUAAAUGCUCAGGUACAAAGUCAUAUAGUUAGUAGCUUAUAGAAAUGCAUUAUUGCAUUUAUUUCUUCACUGACAGAUUUUAAAAUCAAAAUACUUUAUUGUUAUUUCUUUAAAAAAACAACCAAAAAAGCAGGAAGACUUUCCCUUUUGUGUGUAUGAGGUAUGAAUAAAUUGUAUUUAUUAUUCUGAUUAUGUUAAUUCUGCUUAUGACUUGCAUCAAAAACAAGCUAGUCUAAAUCCAUGACUAGUCAGCAUGUGUGCUCAUGACAUUUGGGACCUUUUUUUUUUUUUUUUUUUUUUUUUCCUUUUUUUUUUACUAAGCAUUAAUAAUUUUAUUUUAAUGCAUUUUUAUAAAUUGCAUUAAGAAGCUGCUAGGCCAGGCAGGUUAGGAAAGUUCAUGGAAAUACAAGAGCUUGAGAAGAAUUUCUGCUGGUUGAAGAUUGAUGCAGCUUUUAUGACAAUACAUUUACAUUUAGUUGGACCAGACACGUCAAAGUGUGCAUUUUUACAAGUACAAGUAUGUAAUGGAAGUACAUAUCAGAGACAAUAUUUUAUUUUAUUUUUUUUGUAAUUUGUUGUUGAAUAUACACAGUGCCCCUCCCCCUCCCUCU